AUGACUGGCUUCAUCGGAACAGUAGCAUUCGUCUUCCUUCUGCUUCAGUCACCUUCGCCAGUGCGACAUGCGUUCUACGAGGUCUUUCUGCACGGCCACAUUGCAGCUGCUGCACUUGCUCUCGGCGCUGUGUGGGUCCAUCUCAAGGACCGCCCACAACAGUUCAUGCUCUACGGUGUAUUGGCUCUAUGGGUCAUGGAGCGCACCAUGCGUCUUGCUCGUCUCCUCAUUCGCAACGUUGGAAAGGGUGGUACCAAGGCUGAUGUCGAGGUACUCCCUGGUGACGCCCUCCGUGUUACGGUCCGCAUGGCACGUCCCUGGAACUUUCGCCCAGGACAACACGCCUACCUAUAUAUCCCCUCCGUGGGUCUUUGGACUAACCACCCUUUUUCCAUCGCAUGGAGCGAAGAAGAGGAAGACCCUUCGAUGCAGUCAUCCAUGGCUGAUGACAAGGGCUUGCCAAUGAACCGCCAAGACAUUCUCGAACACAACAGGACCAACAUGUCCUUCAUUAUCCGACGACGAACCGGUUUCACAGACAAGCUAUUCCAAAAAGCAAACUUGACUGCUGCCGGCAGAUUUUCCACUACGGCAUUUGUGGAGGGUCCAUAUGGUGGCGAAAAUCUCAGUUCCUAUGGUACUGUCAUGCUUUGGGCUGCUGGUAUCGGUAUUACUCACCAGGUGCCGCAUGUGCGCGACAUUGUUGCCGGCUACGCGAAUGGCACCGUUGCUACACGCCGCCUCACCCUCGUCUGGAUCAUCCAAUCGCCCGAGCAUCUCGAAUGGAUCCGCACCUGGAUGACUCAAAUCCUAUCUAUGCCCCGGCGCCGCGAAAUCCUCAAAAUCCUGCUCUUCGUCACACGCCCACGCAGCACUAAGGAGAUCCAUUCACCUUCAUCAAGCGUCCAGAUGUUCCCCGGCCGACCGAACGUCCAAAGCCUUGUCGAUCAGGAGAUGCAAGAAGGCAUCGGUGCUGCGUGUGUAAGCACGUGCGGCACAGGUGGCUUGGCUGAUGAGCUUCGUCGCGCUGUACGCAACCGCCAGACAACAUGGAAUGUCGACUUCCGCGAGGAAUCGUUCUCGUGGUAG